UCGGAAAGGUCUGUCCCGCGUCGGUCUGCGGUGUCCCGCGUUGGUCUGCGGUGUCCCGCGUUGGUCUGCGGUUUCCCGCUGAACAUCCCGAAAAUGACAGCGUCUUGCGCGCCUCGCCAGGCACCUCCCGCUCGCCCCGAGAGUCCCCUCUUCCCAUGGUGCUGCGUCGGGAUGCUUUUGGCGGCCCUAGUGCUCCCGUUACCCAUAUUCUCCGUACGCUGCAUUGAUCCACCAGUAUUGGAGAGUAUGAAGCUUAAGGGUGUCAUUAAACGCCAUUAUUACCCUGGGGACAGAAUAGACUAUGAGUGUUACCGAGGAUACUUUUAUGUGUUGCCUUAUAUCCUCUCAGCUACUUGUGAGCCUAAUGGCUCAUGGAGCCGUAUUGAAGAAGCAUGUUUAAGAAAAUCAUGUCCAGAUAUCAAAGUAAAGCAUGGUAAAGUCGUUGCCCCAAAUGAAACAUUUGAGUGGGAAUCAGAAGCUCACAUUUCUUGUGAUGAGGGUUAUUUCUUAAGAGGAAAACCUAUUAUAGUUUGUAACCUUAUUGGAGAGAAUGUGUCUUGGAGUGAUACGAUUCCACACUGUGAAAAGAUUUAUUGUGGACAACCUCCAAAAAUAAAACAUGGAAAACACACCAAUAGCUACAGAAAUAUAUUUGAAUAUAAUGAAUUGAUAACUUAUAGUUGUGAUCUUUCAAAUGGACCAGAUGAAUAUUCACUUGUUGGACAGAGCAAGCUUGUUUGUAUUGAACCUAACAAAUGGAGUAGUGACCCUCCUCUGUGUAAAGUUGUCAAAUGUGAACGACCAUUUCUCGAACAUGGAAUAAUGGUGUCAGGAAGUAGAGAAAAAUUUUCGUACCAAUCAGUGGUGGUGUUUGAAUGCCUCCAGGGUUUUUACCUUAAUGGCAGCAACCUAGUGUUCUGUGGUGGUAAUGAUACUUGGGAACCUGAGAUGCCAACAUGUAUUAAAGGUUACAGGCCGACUCAUCCAACAAAGACUCCACUUUCACAAUAUCCAGGAUAUCCCAAUCCCGUUGAAGAAAUACCAUCACUUGAAGACUUUGAGGAUUUAGAUGCAGGAAUCAUUGCUCUGGCUAUUCUUACUGCAAUUGUUGCUGUUAUAGUAGUUUGUACGUGCCUGUACAGAUGUCUUUUCAGUGGGAAGAAGGAAGAGAAGGACAUGAAAGAGAAGGCGAAGGAAAUAAAAGAGAAGGAAGAGAGGGAAAUGAGAGAGAAGGAGGAGAGGAAGGAGAAGGAGAGGAAGGAGAAGGAGGAGAAGAAAGAGAAGGAGAGGAAGGAGAAAGAAAAGGAGAUGAAGGAGAAGAAGGAAAAGGAGAUGAAGGAGAAAGAGAAGGAGAAGAAGGAGAAGGAAAAGGAGAAGAAGGAGAAAGACAAGAAGCAGAAAGAGGAGAAGCAGAUGAAAGGGAAAAAGGGAGUUGGUGCUGGACCCACCACUCAGCAGAAAAAACCUACCAGUCCAGCAGUACAGAAGCGCUAAUUAUUUUCCACAAACCCAUGUAUCAAUUUAUAUUUUGAUUAUACUAACAUGUUAAGAUCUACAGUAAAUUCAUACAUCAACUAUGGAAAACAGUAUACAGGCUCCUCAAAAAAUUAAAACUAGCACCACCAUAUGAUUCCAUAAUUCCACCACAGGUAUAUACCCAAAGGAAACAAAAUCACCAUAUGGAAAAGAUAACUACACCUCCCUUGUGUAUUGCAGAAUUAUUUAUAAUAACCGUGACAUGAAAGAAAUCUCAGUGUUCACUGCCAGAUGGAUGGGUAAAUAAAAUGUGAGAUAUAUAGAUUAUAUAUAUAUAUAUAUAUAUACACACAUACAUGCAAGUGUAUAUACAUACACAUAUAUACACAUACAGUGGAAUACCAUUCAACACAAAAAAUAAGGAAAACCUGUCAUUUGAAAUAGUAUUUAUAGAACUCUAGGGCAUUACACUAAGUGAAUCAGUCAUACAGAAAGAGACAAAUACUGAAUGACCUCAAUGAUACAUGGAAUCCAAAAGUCUAUACUCACAGGAAAAGAAACCAGAUUUCUAGUUGUCAGAGGCAGGGGCUAAGGAUGAUGGAGGAACUGGGCGAAGGGUGUCAAAAGGUACAACAUUCGUUAUAAGAUAAACAAGCACUGAGCACAAUGUACAGCCUAGUGACCGUAAUCAGCGAUGCUACAUUGUCCAGCUGACAUCCGACAGUUCCUCAUUCCCAGAUAAAGAGAGCUGCUGGCGCUGUGCCGUGUUAAAGGACUUUCAGGUUCAGAUCUUUAUUUUCUGGGGAAGGAAUGGGGGAUCCGGAACCAAUCCACCUCAGAUCCAAGGAAUGUCGGCACUGGCAAAUUGCUAAGAGAGUAGGUCUCAACAUUUCUAAUCAUAAGGAUGAUUGGAUGUUAAGAAAUGUAACUAUUUCACAAUGUAUACAUUAUCAAACCAUGCUAUACACCAUGAACUUAU